AUGGUGGACACAAGAAAGCUAUGUAUUGUUCUCAAACAGGAACGAAUGUUUAUAGACACAGAAAAAGAACAACUACAGAGGCUAUAUGAAGAGGUCUCUCAUGUGGCUACCUCCCUUUUUCAAACAGCAUGGAUUACAAAGCAACAAAAAAUAGAUUUAGACAAAAAAAUCUCAGGCGAAUUCCGGCGGAAACCAGAUGGAUUUUUUGACGAUCAUAAUGAAAUAGGUUCCGUUUCUUUUAUAGAGAGCUAUAAACAACUUUCUUAUCAUGAUGGCAAAUAUGGUGAACUUUUGAAAUAUAUGAAGGAAAAUCCUCUGUUAAUAUCAAAAUGCUUGGUGCUGGCUGAAAACAGAAACAGUUUUGAUAUGAGCCAGUUGACAAGCACUCUGUUAUCAUCAUUGUAUUCUAAUUGUAUAUUAGUAGAAGAUGAACGCCUAGUUUUAAGAGUUCUGUUAUCAUUAACAGAUUUACAGGUAAUCGGAGAUGUGAAUCCCAGACAUUUUAUCCGAAGAAAAAAAUGCACGUUUAAUAUUUUAUUUAAACAUUUCUGUGACUCGUUAUAUUCUGCUAAAUUAUUUUUAACGGCAUCCUUGCAUGAUCCGAUCAUGAGAUUGUUGAUGGAAGAUGAAUGGUUCUACGAUAUAGAUCAGACCAAAGCUCUCGUCAGAUUUCCAACCAAAGAAAGACUAAAAAGAUUCGGUAAAGCUGGUUCUGAAAACUAUGAAAACAAGAUCAAAGAAUAUAGAAAUUUUGUGGUGGACAAACUGGAGAUGUUCGCUGCAAGAUUUAUCAAUUCCAUUAAAAGCAAUAUCACUUGUUUUCCGUCAAGUUUAAAACUUCUGUUAUCCCACGUGUACCAUAGUUUAACCAAAGCUGGCCACAUUAAUUCUCAAGAAGCUCGAACAGCUUGUGCUGAUUUGGUGUUUUCGUUGUUUAUAUGCCCUGCUAUAUGUGAUCCGGAACCUUAUGGAAUAACUACAGAUGUUCCUAUUAGUCAUAUUGCUCGUCAUAAUUUAAUGCAGAUGGCACAGAUUCUACAGUUUCUAGCUGUAUCAGCCACUUCUGCUACAAUAGACCACAAUGUCGCAGAUCUUUAUAGUCGAUUUGAAAAGGUAGUGAUAUUUUGUUAUUCCUUGUUGUAUAUUUGA